AUGGCGUCCAGCCUGCAGCAUCUGGCUACCACCAUAGUCGACCGCUCCAGGACGCUCAUCAACCAUGAUCUGAAGAAGAUCUUAAAAGAGGAGGGGCUCUCGCAGACAGGGAACAAGGCUGCUCUGCAGGCUCGCGUGAUCUCCCUCAUCAACAACGCCGUAAACACUGACAAUGCGGAGACGCUGCGCCGAUUGCAGUUCAGGGUCCAGAACCACGGCGACGCUCCCACACCUACGAGCAGCAGCAGUCCCACCGCACCCUCGUUCCUUAACCCUCCGCCGCCCGUCAUGAACGGGCACACACAUUCAAACGGCUAUUCCAGCGCCAGCCAUCGGCCGCAUACGAACAUCGGAGCUAAGCGUGACCUAGGAUCUGCUGCACCCACCUGCUUCUUCAAGGACAGCCCGUUCUUCGAAGUCCGCGAGCUGGUGCUCAGCAACAUCACCCUCGAAGCAUCUCCGAGUCAUCGCCAGAAUUGCACCCGGAACCUGAUCAUCAACGAGCAAAUCAGCGCGCGUCUGAAGUCGGAUCCAACACUACGACUGUUGCUUUUUUCAGCGCUUGAGGCGCCACUGCCGCCUUAUGCCCGCACUGAUAUUACUUUCCCAGCGCAGAUUGAGGUCCGCAUCAAUGGUGACGAGGUCAAAGCGAACUACAAGGGCCUAAAGAACAAGCCCGGCUCGACACGUCCCGCAGAUGUCACCGACUUUGUCCGAAUCUCUCCCGCCAACUACCGCAACAACCUCGUCGUCACGUAUGCCCUCACCCAUAAGGCAGGUUCAACUCAAUACGAGAAGUACAACUUGUUCGUAUACAUGGUGAAGAAGCAUUCGGCCGCAGACCUCACCAAGCAGAUUGCCGGCAAGCAGGUCAUCACAAAACAGUCCGUGCUCAACGAGAUGAAGGCAAAGGCGGCCGAUCCUGACAUCGAGGUUGGGUCGAGUGUCAUGUCGCUGAAGGACCCAAUCUCAACCUUGCGGAUCAACAUACCCUGCCGAUCGACGGUCUGCACGCACAACCAGUGCUUCGAUGCUGAGUCAUUCCUGCAACUGCAGGAGCAAGCGCCAACAUGGAUAUGUCCCAUCUGCAGCAAGACUGUCCACUUCAACGGCCUUGCUGUGGAUCAAUACGUCGAGGAGAUCUUGGCAAAGGUCAGGAACGCGGAUCAGGUCACGAUAAGUCCUACUGGUGAAUGGUCGACAGAGAAAGCGGCAUCUCCCCCCAGGAAGAACGGGACGACUGCUAUUGCAGCAGACGACAGCGACGAUGACCUCGUCGAGAUUCCAGACUACCGCGUCGCUUCCAUCAAGAGCGAAGCGGUGCAAACACCCACAUACCUCAGCACGCCUCCAAUGCCGUCAAGAGAGCCAUCUACUGCCCCACGAUCAGGCGCAAAACGCACAUCAGAGGUUGUGGACCUGACACUGAGCGACGAUGAUGAGCCUCCACGGCCGGCCAAAAAGGUAGCGUACCGACCCCCAACCAACCCCCCCGAGCCGUCCCGCCGCUACGAACUCCCUCCUCCCAUCCCUCGCCCCCCGCAAUACGAUCACCACUCCUCUUCUUACCGAACCCCGCCUUCGGGGUCACGGUUAAACUACCCUCCCCGCCCCUACACUCCACAAGUACCUCCUGAAGAUCUGGGUUACUACAGACCACCACCUCCAGGCUCGCGACCUCCACCCCAAAAUUACACUGGCCCAGGCACAGGCUCAUCACGAUACCCUACCUACCUUGGCUCCUCCCCUUGA